AUGCACAGACCUUUUAUUUCAUUUAACAGGACUCUGGACUUCACCGACUGGUUUGGACUGGCCUCUGGGUCUAAGCUCAACAGAGCGAAGACCCAAGCCCAAUCUUAUGGACCGUGGACCCCCAACGAGACUGCUGGACUCCCCCUGACCGUGACCCAAGGACAAAAGAUACUGGGAAUCAGGAGAAUGAUUUUAACCCUGGAGCGGGCGAUCUUUUACUUCAUCUGGGGCUUCAAGUGGGAGCGGGUGAGGAGGGAGGUGCUAAAGAAGCCAAAUGAGAAAGGGGGCAAAGGCGUGCCGGACCUCCCUCUGUUCCUUGGAGCCUGA